GAAUCAUUUUUCACGGGUUGUUGACACGAGUAGAUCACAGCCGGUUGUGAAAGUGCUUCGUGAUGUAAAAUUAAUCAUAAUUAACUGCCGGAAAUAAAUAGUGAUUAUUUAGGAACUAGAAUUAAAAGCAAUACUAUAGCAAUACUAUAUGCAUUUAAGAUUAUUGUGCAAGUAUUAUUAUACAUGAAAAUAUAAAAAAAAUUGUGGAAAUAAGCGUCGAAUAAAUGUCACGAAUAUAAGCAAUCUUGACAAAGUCGACAGUUAAAUCUUAUCAUAUUUAACUAGAAUUUUAUAAAGAAUUAUUUUCAAAGUUAUAUUCGUGUAUGUGAUAGAAAAAUUGUGCUGCUAGAAAAAAGAAGAUACGAAACACUAAAAAUACAUCUUGUGAAGAAAAAUGGUUUCGUGCACAUGGUGACACCUCUGAUGGAAAAAAUAAUAUAUAAAAACAUGAUAAAUAUAAAAAAUAUAUGAAUGACAAUGGGCUGAAAUACGAAUAUAAUUAAAUUAUAAAACUCUCAUCAUUUUUAUAAAAGAGAGGAAAUAAGUCAUGGCAACAGUAGAAGAAAAAAAACGAGUUGGUGGCUCAAAGGUUUCAGCCAUUGCAAAUAUCUUCCAGUCAAAACCACAAUUGGAUAAUCUAAGUCAUAGAACAAAUAAUAUUCUAUCAGAUGGUUUCAAGGAACCAGCUGUGCCUUUAAAAGAAUCUCCAACACAAGUUACAGUUGUGAGAACUGAAAGUCAUGUAGCUCGAUUUAAUAAUGCACGUGCACUUUUUGAAAAACUUGGAGAAGAAAAUAAACCAAAUAAACCGGUGGACAGGAUUACAAAGCCUAGUAAUUUACAUGGCUUAAGAUCACGUUCUAGCUCUGCAAAUUCUGGAUCAGGUUGUACAUCUCCAGCUAGAUCACCACGUCCUAGAUCACCAUCACCUCCAGGAACCAGAGAUCACUUGAGCAAUUGGAGUGCAAGUGUACCAGCCUUAAAUGCUGAAAGACAUUUUGAAAAUGGUCACAAUCAUGGUUUAGAUAAUGUACCAGAUAAACAUAAAUCACGAACAGGAUUAGGGAAAUUUGACAAAAAUUAUGGCAAAGAAAAUCGUUUGGAUGAUCGACCGGAGAAACCAGAAAAACCAGAAAGAAGAUUGAACUCAAAAGAAUUAAUUGAAAAGCAAAAAAAUUGGACUAGUCAUUUUUCAAAAACAAGACCAAGUAGAUACAAUUCAGAUCCAAAUAGAUCUUUAGUUCAAAGUUCAUUAAAUCAGAGUGCAAAUAAAGUAAAUGUUGAAGUUGCUUCUGUAGGGCAUUUACAAAAUGCUACAAAUACUGAUAAUGAAACGAAAAGAUCAGCAGAUAUUUCUGCUAAUCCAGCCACAAGAUCUGCAAGCUUUUGUUCUGUUAGAUCAUCAGUUAUAUCUCCACCUCCACCACCACCACCAACAAGAAACUCUUCUACUUCAAAUAAAAAAAGAAGACCAGCUAGUAUAGCAGCAGUAUCUCCUCCAGAUAUACCUAGCAGUCCAGAAUAUGCUACCAUAAAUAAAUAUUUUGAUACUUCAUCAACAAUACCUGAAUAUGCAGUUGUACAAAAAAGUACAAAUAUACAAAAUAAAAAUUUCCAAAGAAAUCAAGAACAACGAGAAAUUUCAAAAAAUGUUUCCAGUCCUAUACUAGAAAAGACGCAAGAUGUGUGUAUGCCAGAAUAUGCAGUAGUGCAGAAAAAUACUACAGCAAAAGUACAUUGCCGAAAUACUGAUAUAUCAAAAAAUAAUUCACAUCAUUCAAAAAAUAUCAACAAUUCUGAAAGUAAUUUAUCUCUUAAAAGUACUCUUGCAAGUUCAAGUAUUGAUAUUUAUUCACAAACAAAAUCACAUAUUUCUUCCUGUGAAAAAAAUUCUGAUAUAUCUAGUCCAACACGAAGUAUGUCUAUAGAGAAUAUUAUUAGUAUGACUGUAGAAAGUAAAACAAAAAAAGAUAGCGAUUUACUUGAUGCUCCUGAAUAUCUAAACUAUCCUUCAAACGUUAUAUGUUCACCACCUAAAACAUCUGAGUGGAGAAAUGAAUGGUUAGCCAAAAAUGAUGAAAUUUUAAAGAAAGCUACAGAUUUAAAAUGUGCCAGAGAAGAAAUGGAAAUCAAAAGCGAAGUUAUAAGAUCUGAUCCACGACCAGAUUGGGCCAGACCAUGUAUAAAUACAGUGAGAAAAAAAGAUAGUUUAUCAGAAGAAAAGAAAGUGGAACCGUCAAAAUCUCCGGAUCCGGAAUUGAGACCACCUUCUGGAGGUACGGAUAGUGCAUCUUCUAGUAUGAGCUCCCCUAGCUCCCCUUCUAAGGAUAGUAAAGAAGAGAAGGCAGAUAAGGAAAUGUCAGAAAAGUUUCAAACUGGUAUAGUAUAUAUGACCAAUUUCGUAUUUCCAGUAGAGCUUAUGAAAGGUCCAGAAGGUCUUGGUUUAAGUAUUAUUGGAAUGGGUGUUGGUGCAGAUGCAGGACUAGAAAAAUUAGGUAUAUUUGUUAAAACAAUCACAGAAAAAGGAGCAGCUGCACGAGAAGGCAGAAUACAAGUAAAUGAUCAAAUCGUUGAAGUGGAUGGUAAAUCUCUAGUUGGAGUCACACAAGCAUAUGCAGCUAGUGUUCUUCGUAAUACUUCAGGACUCGUACGUUUUGUAAUUGGUAGAGAACGUGAUCCAAAUUCAGAAGUAGCUAUGCUAAUUCGACAAAGUCUUCAAGCAGAUAGAAGAGAACAAGCUAAUUCUGCUAGAAAACUUAAUUUCUCGGAUGCUUCACCUGAUAGUCAACGAGGCAGUGAAGAUAUUUCUGUUGGGGGUAUAGGAGGAAUACCAGGUUCUCCAGCUAUGUCAUCAUGCUCGGAAGGGGAACCUCCUCAAAGUCCUAUAGAAAAUUAUUUACCUUCUGGUCGCAGUAGAUCUCCUAUUAUCAGUUCAUCAAUGCCACCACAUACAUCUGCUACAACGCAAAGCGAUGUUGACAGUUUAAGAUUGCUUUUACAAGAGAGUCAGUAUAAACUAGCAUUAGCAGAUGGAGAGGUGGAAAAACUCAAAGCUAAGCUUGUAGACUUAGAAAACAGUGGAGCUGGAAGCGAAGAAUAUGCAGCAAAAUUGCGCGAAUCUGGUUUACGACUUCACGAAUCUGAAAGAGCUUUAGGCAGUGCUAGACAAGAUUUAAUAACUGCACGAGAAAUGCUUUCUCAAGCAACAGCACAAAAUGCUGCUUUACAACAAAAAUAUGCUCGAGCCAGAAGAGCAGCUCGCGAAUUACGCACAGAUAUCGCUGCUAGAGAUGAAUUUUAUCAACAAUUACUACAGGAAAAAGAUACAGAAUAUAAUGCUCUUGUUAAAAGUUUAAAAGAUAGGGUAAUUACAUUGGAAGUAGAACUAACAGAAACACAACGGAGAUUUGGAUUACCAGUAAGAUUGCCUUAUGAUGGAACUACGGCUAGAAUUGUUACACCACAGUUGUCACGCCGACAGUUACCUCCCCCUCCUUCAUCAACUAGUUGUCAACUUUCAGAUACAGAAACAGAUCUUAGUAGUCCGGAUGAUGGUGAUAAAACAGCAACAGUUGAAAGAAAACUACCGCUUCCAUUACCAGUCAAGGAAGAAUUAGAUCGAGCAGUACCUGCACAUCGAUUACUUGAUAAUUCGGCUGGAAAAAGUAAAGCUGAACUUGCUAGUAGAGGAGGACUUGCAAAUCGACAACUUCCUAAACGAUCUGGUGGUCUUAGUAACAGUAGUUCUGAUUAUGGUUUGGAUGAAUCAGGUGACAAUACUGAUGAGGAUUCAUCUUCUAAAUUACUUUCCCAGGAUACAAGUAGCAGAUCACCAAACGAUUUAACAUCAAAACAAUCAAAUUUGAGUUCCUAUUCUAGUAGUUCUUCAAUUAGUUCAUUGAAAAGUAAACAUAUGGAACCUACGCAUCCAACAACAAUUCGACAACAUAGUACUAUUAGUUCACAAGUUAGAGCUAUGACAGAACAAAGUUGGCCACAAUCUCAAAAAAAUUUAACUGGACCACCAGCAUCAUUUGCAGAGCAAUUAAAACAAGUUUUAGCGGAAAGAGAAAGACGACUUGGAGGAAAUGACAUAUCUUCAUCAAGAGAAAGUUCUGGAGACUUUAGUGAUUUAAAUAAUCCACAUUCUAGUGAUCCAACUUUAGUUACCCAUCAUUUAGUGGAAGAAAUACGACAAGCUGUAAAUGAAGCCAAUCAAAGAGUAAAAAAAGCUACUAUUCCUUCAUCAAAUUUAAUUGGUAGCAGUACACCCUGGCAUCAUCCAGGUAGUUCACCGUCUAGUCUUUCUUCUGGUGGAUCAGUGAGCCCACCUGCCAUUGAUCCUAGUCCAUCUAAAACAGGUACUCUAGAUAUUUAUGAUACAAUGCAAACAAUAAUUCACAAUCUUCUUGUUUGUCAGUGGCUAUCAGGAAUCGGUUUGGAACGUUAUGCAUCACGCUUUCUGGAAACUGGAAUUAAUGGUGGAAACCUUUUAAGACUUGAAUCUCGUGAUCUCAAAGCUUUUGGUAUUUGUGGAGAAGAAAAAUCACAUUUAAAACGUAAAUUGAAAGAACUUAGAGCACAGGCAGACCGAGAACGCAAAGAGAGAAAAGAAAUAGAACGGAUGCGACGAAAAGCAGAAAAAGCAGCACGAAAAAAAUAGUUCGUGCGUAUAUUAAUGUACUUAUGUCCUUUAUAAAAUGCAAUAACUUUGCACAAAAAUUAACAUAUUCAAAUUUUGUGUAUGAUAUUCCAGUGAUGUUCGUAAUUUUCACUUCUUCCUUUAUUUAAAUAUCUAGUAAAUAUAAACAUCCAGUCACAAUUUACUAAAUGUUUCCAAUUCGGAUUUGUUCUAUCCGAAAUUUUAAAAUUUGAUUAUUUAUAUUUAUAAAUUUUGAUCUUCAAAUUUUUGCAUUUAUUUAUAAUUUGUAUACAUAUUGCUUUACAUUCAUGUUGUUCUUAUAGUAUUUGUUAGUUAUUAUUUAUAAAAUAACAAUAAAUACAAUUCGAAGAAGAGAACAUGUAUGAAUGUAAAAGCAUACCUACUAUUUCAGAUGUAUGCAUGUGAUACGUAUGUAUAAAAUUCAAGCCAUUUAGAUAAAUUGUAAUAAAACUUCAAUUAUCGCUAACAUUUUUUUACAAUUGUAAGUAUACUUUUAUAGAGACAUAAGUUUUAUGUUACUAGAAUGUAUCAUUUCUGUAUUUAUUUUUACUAUUAACUAUGUAACAAUUUUUCAUAAUGAAUAAUAUAAAUAUUAGUAAAAUAGAAUCCUAAUGCAUAACAAUUGUCAAGAAAAGUGAUUGUUCUUUGCUAUGUACAUCAUGAAAUAUCAACGAAUUUGUAAUUAUCAAUACAGUAUUUAAUACUGUAUCAAAUCAGUUUGUAGAUUAAUCGGAUUAUAAAAUAAUUUUAUUUGUUUAUUUUUUCUGUCUAAAUUUGUUAGUUUAUAUUUCAUGUAAUUAGCAAAUUAUCGCUUUUUUAAAUCAAAAUCAAAUAAAGUAUUAAUGAAUUUCUAUUAUAUAAUUAUGAUACGUAUUAAAAUUUUUCUCUUUUAAUUGUUUAACAAUGUUUGUAAAAUUACUGUAUUAAGCAUUAGAAAUCCGCACAAAGUCCAUUUUAUUGUAUUGAUAAUUUUUAAUUUAUGUGAUGAAUUCUUUUUGUAUACUUCAGACAUUCCAUGCGAUAGUUUUUAAUUUUAUCUUUAUUAAUAUAUAUAAAUAAAAGAAUAUCACAAGCUCUUAUACUUUGGGCGAUAUCUCUAUGUAUGCGUGAAUGUUGUACGAAUAUCUUGCGUAAUAAGUAAUAUAUGUUAAUAUUAAACCAAUGUCCUAACAAAAGUUCAUUCUAAAUAUUUGUUCACAUGAUUAUGGGACUUGCUUGGGUACAACAUAGACAAACGUACUGCAUUGUACGUAUUCUUAUUUAUAAUAAUAUUAAGUUUUGUACAGUGUUAAGUACUUUGUUCCAUCUUUAUACUGUUCUUAAUGAACAAUAUAUAUAUUUUUUUUUAAAGAACAAUUUCUUUUACAUAAAAUAAUUGAACAAAGUAUUUAUCAUUGAUACAUACACUGUACAUAUUAUACAAUGAAUGAUUACUACUACUGUAAUCUAUAAAAAAUGAUUAUGAUGUAAGGCGUGUAAGAGGCAUAACUGUAGUGUCAUAAUAUCUUUAUAGAAGAUAAUUUUUAAUUUCCUAUUUUAAGCGUUUAUCAAAAGUCCUCCAUUUUUUAAUAAUAUUAUGUAUCACAAUAUUUCGAAAGCAAUUAUUGUUACUUUUGUUAUUAUGUACAACGAACUGUGGGAACUGAUCAAAAGUGUCAACAUAAUAUAACAUUCUUGCUUCUCAGGGUAAUCAUUAAUAUGUUUUUGAAAUAUAUGCGUGUUCAAUGAAUUUAAAAUUUUUAAGAAUUUGAACGUCCUGCAAUUCGUUUCUAAAUAAUUAUUGUGAUUUUGUAGGAGCAGAUGUUUGAUAAAAACCGACUGAUUUACAAUAAGUUUUUAUAGUUGAUUUUCAAGCAAUGGCUUGAGUAUGAUGAUAUGAUAUGCCAUUUGUUCAAAAGUAAUUUUAGAACCAAAACUUAUACUUCUUUAUGGAGUUGCAUAAUAUUUAAAUGUUUUCAUACAUUUUCAAUGAUUUUAAAGUAUUGCUCACAAGAGAAAAAUUAUAGUUCCAUAGAUAAAGACACAGAAUGCAGAAUCAGUUGCAUAAAUGGCAGCUUUUUAAUAAUAUCUAUAAAAAGUAUUGUCAACAAAUACUCUUAAACGUUUUAAUUAAAAAUAAUUCAUACUAUA